CUCUCCCUCGCUGUUUGGUUCCGGGGCUCGGAGCCCUUGCGGUACUGAGACGUGGGCGGAACCCGAGCUGCCGUGGAGCAGGUUUCGGGGGGGAUUGGUUUCGCGGGACCCGCUAGGCUGGUAGCGGCCGAGUCCAGAGGGAUGGAGCCGGUGGCCGAGGGACCCGAGUUCGGGGCCUUCAAGAGACCGGCGCUGCCGCCGGCGGUCCCGCUCCGCGGCAAGGAGGUGGGCGCCGCUCCCCGGGACCCCGAGGGGGAAGCAGCGGGUGGGGAGCCGCCGGCGGAGAGCCCGCCCCAGCCCCGGGCCCCGAGCUCGGCCCCUGGCCCCCUCCCCGCCGCGGCCCCGCAGCCCCGCUACCAGGAGCCGCCGUGGGGCAGCGCUCCCCCAGCCGAGGCCGGCUACGGCCUGGAGACCCUGAAGGGCGGCGUCAUCGUGGGCACCCUGCGCUUGGAGGGCAGGAGCUGGUUCCUGGUGGGGCGGCUGCCGGGCUGCGCCCUGGCGCUGGAGCACCCGUCCGUGUCGCGGCACCACGCCGUGCUGCAGUACCGCGGCCAGGCCCAGCCCGGCUUCUACGUCUACGACCUGGACAGCACCCACGGCACCUUCCUCAACAAGGCCCGGCUCCCGCCCCGCACCUACUGCCGGGUGCGCGUGGGCCACGCGCUGCGUUUCGGGGGCAGCUCCCGCCUCUUCCUGCUGCAGGGACCUGAGGAGGAUCAGGAGUCUGAGUCGGAACUAACUGUGACUCAGCUGAAGGCUCUGCGCAAGCAGCAACAGGAAAAGUUAGAGAAGACAAUGUUAGGCGAGGACUCGGAUGAAGAUGAAGAAGAAGAAAAGGAAGCGAAAAGAAAUGAGAGCAGUCAGAGUAACGAUAUGAGUUGCUCGUGGGGAAUGGGGGAAGAUGCCGAGGAAGAUGAGGUUGAAGAAAAUCCUAUUGCCAUCGAAUUUCAGGAGGAGCAAGAAGCCUUUUAUUUGAAGGACCCUAGGAAGGCGCUGCAGGGUUUCUUCGACAGGGAAGGAGAAGAACUAGAGUAUGAAUAUGAUGACCAUGGACACAAUACCUGGCUCUGCAGGGUUAAGUUGCCUGUGGAUGAUGCAUCAGGGAAGCAGCUGGUGGCAGAGGCUAUCCAUUCAGGAAAGAAAAAGGAAGCAAUGAUACAGUGCGCAUUGGAAGCUUGCCGAAUACUGGAUGCUAGAGGUGUGCUGCGGCAAGAGGCAGUAUCCCGGAAAAGGAAAGCAAAGAACUGGGAAGAGGAGGACUUUUAUGACAGUGAUGAUGACACCUUCCUGGACCGAACUGGGGUUGUUGAAAAGAAACGACUGAACAGAAUGAAAAAAGCUGGGAAAAUAGAAGAGAAGCCGGAGACUUUUGAUUCACUGGUUGCAAAGUUAAAUGCAGCUGAAAAAGAACUUUCUGAGAUAACAGAGAAGCUGAAGGUUUCAGGGAAAGCCCAACCCCAGCCGGCUUCUCAGGAUUCCUUGGAUGAAUUCAUGACUGAAAUAAAAUCAGGCUGCUCCUUAGACAGUGUAAUGAGGAAGAAGCUUCAUUUGCGGACCUUUGAAUUGAGGAAAGAACAGCAGAGACUGAAAGGGUUAAUAAAGAUUGUUAAACCUGCGGAACUGCCAGAGCUGAAGCCCCAGACUGGGAGUCAUGGUCUGGAACUAGAGAGCAAGCCUAAAAAGCUAACGUUGCCUCUCUUUGGUGCAAUGAAGGGAGGAAGAAAAUUCAAACUGAAAACUGGAAACCUAGGGAAGUUGCCUGUCAGGCGUCCAGAUAUCCCUGAAAGCUUGUUAAAAAUGAAAGAUGAUGGGCCUGAAGUGGAGGAGGAAGAAGAGGAUGAAGAUGAGGAGCAGGAAAUCAAAGCAGCAAACGUUGGGACACAAAAAACAGAGACGAAAAUGGCAGGAGAAGAAGUAGAACAAGAGACGAGUCUUCCUGCCAGUUCUCCUAGUAAGAAUCUAGAACCUACCCAUGGGAUUGGUUUUCAGUCUCAGACCAUCAGCAAGCAGUUAAAGACACCAGAGAAUGAAUAUCAGGUGGACCUAUCACAAGAGAAGUCUCAAGCGUCGGAGAGAACGUGCAGGACAUUUGAAGAGAGCCCCAAGAAAAAGACGAAAGUUAAUGGCCCAAGCAGGCUCCAGCAAGCGCUUUCCUCCUCGCAGUACCCAGAAGAUGACCCAGACUACUGUGUGUGGAUGCCUCCUGCAGGUCAAAGCGGUGAUGGCAAGACUCAUCUGAAUGAAAAAUAUGGCUAUUAAGCUUCACAGGCCCCAGGCAGUGGCUCUGAGGUCUAAGGGAGCGUGCUACUUUGGACAGCUUCCUGCACAGAGUUGAGUGAAGGUUGAAAGAGUUGGCUUCUCGGAUGUUGUUCCAGAUUGAAUGGCAUCAGCACCAAUUCGGACGGUUAUCUCAAGCAUUGCAUUUGUUCUUUGUUUUUAAAACACUUCUAAGGAUUCCUGAGGCUUGCAUACAAAUUUUUCCACCUCUUCCUUCUGCAGUUGGCCUGGUCGUUGUAUUCAGUGUGAGUAUGUUAGACUUGCAAGGGCUUUAUGUUUAUAAGCUUGAUGAGGUGAGAUCAAGCUGGUUUUAUCCAAUAAAAAUGAGUGUUUUUUGCCUCCAAAUUAUACUUAAAAUGGCAUUGUCAGGGCAAAUGUGACCCAAAGUUCAAGUUUUAUAAAAACAUUUUAUUUCAAAGGAAAUAUAUUUUAACCACCAAAAAAAAAAAAAAAAAAAAAUCCUUCGCAACCUUUGAAACUCAAGCAUUUCAGCACUGAAUAGUGCAAGAAAACCAGAGAAUGAAAUUGACUGGAAACCUUGAGAAAAAUGCAAUAAUUAGAGGCAUGGAAAAACUCUCAUAUGAAGACAAAUUGAAAAUAUUUGGAUUGCUUAUCUUUCAAAAGAGACAAAUUUGAGGGGACAUGAUAAAAUCCCCUAAAAAAUGAAUGUUCUAGAAAAGGGAGAUAAGAGUUUCUGUUCUCCUUGUGUCGUAACACAAGAACAUUGGGACAUUUGAUGAAUUUGAAAAAUGAUACAUUCAGAAUUGAUAAAAGAUGAUGAUAAUUCUCUCAGUGCAUAAUUAGACAGUGGAACUCAUUGCUACAGAAUGUUGUUGGAGCCAAGAAUUUAGUGAGGACUAAAGAGGAAUUCGACCUUUCUAUAGAUAACAAGAAUAUCCAGAAUUAUAAAAAUUAAUGCUGAAAAAGAGUAUUUGAAGGAUCUAAUACUUAAUUUAUGUAUAAUACGAAACCUGCUGCUUAAAAUAAUUCCAAAUUAUAAGAGAUUAGGAAGAGGCCUUGAAGGGAGCAGAUUACCCUACAUCUGCCAACUGUGUAGUUUCUUCUAAAGCAGUGGUGGACAACCUGCGGCCCGGGAACCUGGCGAACUGCGGCCACCGGGAGCUGCAGGGGGCCGUGCCUGCGGACAGUCAACGUCAGCAAAAUGCCUCAUGGCCCGCUAUCAGAUUACCCUGAUGGGCCGCAGGUUGCCCAUCACUGUUCUAGAGCAUUGAUGCUGGCCACUGUCAAGAGACAAAGAUACUGGAUUAAAUCAACCAUAGGUCUGAGCCAGUCCAACAUUUCCUAUGUAAAAUAGCUGUAUAAAAUGCUAUAGUGGUGCUUGUAUUAUGCAUAAGGAAAUUCUUCUUUAAAAAUAUGGAUUUUAUCCUGACCAUGUCUCUUCACCUUCCUCUUUCAUCAGACAUGUUUCUAGGAUGUCUAGAAUAGUUCCGGCUUUUCUGUCUUUUCAGCAUCGUGUGUUUGGGCAGAUGCGUUUCAUAUUCCCCUAUUCAAGCCACCACUUAGUUGAGAGUAUUUCUCCCUGGUAACCAAAGUCCACUCACAUCAGUGUCCUCUUACCAGUUCUUUCAAAAUCAUAAUUAAGGAGAAAAUACCUGCAGAUGGAGCUAGCGAAGCACAGACAAAUGCUAUGUCACAGGCCUCUUCCAUCUAUGAGCUGUAUUAUGUCGAAUUCCUUUCCUCUGGACCUCUGAAGUGUUCCCUUCCUAAUUAACCCCCUCCCCUUAAUAAAGCUGAAAAUUCACCCACACUUAUGCCAGUGGCUUUAAAAUCAAACCCUGGUGUAGAAGAGUGAUUUCAUACCCACCCAGCUGUUGAGAGGGGUCUUUGCUUCUGCAGUAAGCUACAGUAUCCACAUACUUGUUCUCGCUGCUUGUGCCAACAUUUGGCCAGGAUACAGUGCUUUCUCCAGCAUUCAAGGACCAAUUGUCCAAAGCUGCCAUUUCCUGUGCAGAGCACAUGAUUAUUGUAUUCUCUGCCACAUGUUUACCUCAUUGUCAUAAUCACUUUCCCUUGCUACAAAACUUCCUGUUAUGUAUUCACCUGUUAAAUAUAUUUUAAUUUAUAGGGCAUACCCAAAGCCCUCUAAGCACGUAAUAUCUGGCCAGCUGACUUCAAGAUCUUUUGGUUUGGAGCUCUGUGCGUGAAGCAGUUUGUUUGAUAAUUUGCAUAACACAUUCUGCUGUUUCAAGUCAAACAAUUACACGUUUAAUAUAGUUAUAUAAAUGCCCUAGGUUUUUACAAGCUUUUACAUUCUAAUUUAAAAGUGUGACAUUUAGCGUUAGAUGCUCUCAGCAUUGUGAUGAGAGAAAUUGAGUGCAAUGAAAUGUCAAAAGUUCUCUUUUUCUGAUAUCCCCGUGUGUGUGCCUAUAUGUAUAUACAUGUGUAUGUAUACUCUCCACCAUGAAUAUAUUGCAUUGUUUCUGGGUUCUGAUGACCUGUUAAACCUAGGUUCAGUCUCAUGUUUUCACUAGACAUACUCAAUAAAAAUGCAGCCUAAUUGUA